AUGCUCGAGCCACACUCUGGACAGAAUGGUUGGCGUUCUAUCACCGAAGGUGGCACGUUACCACGCCCGCUCCAAAGCACAGCAUUCAUCGACGACGAAGGCCCCGUGUCCACGAAACCCUCCCAUUCACCGAUUGGCCUGGUUUCGAGCACUCAAUCGCCAAGCUCGACCGAGGACCGACCAACGAGCAGCUGUACUACACGCUGCUCACUUGCCCCUGCAUGGAGUCUAUCACUCACCCGGUCCGACAACGUUCUCCUCUCGUUCUAUUUGGAGCACUUACUCCCAUUCAUGUUCCCCUUCUUCCGUCCAUCUCUGCACGAAGGCGGUCGGGCAUGGCUCCUGGAGCUGAUGAUCAACAGCCCAGUCAUGCGACGCGCGACCUUGUGCCAGAGCGCGUAUUUCUUCCCGCUUCUUGUCAUGGGUCGCGAACCGGAAGUGGAGAGUGUGCUGGGGCAGACAAAUGGGGCCUUUGAAAUUCUAAGGGCGGCACUCGAGCUCAUCGGCGGAUCCUCCGUUGUGGAACAUCUACAUGGCACCGUCAGGAUCUUGGCGAGCAUCAUGCAGGUCCAGCGCUUCUUCAUCGCCCUCUCGAGCUUCGAGCACUGCCAAGCCCAUCUCCAUGCGGCUCUGGCUCUUUUCGUGCAGAUACUCGACAGCGUUGACGCGGAUGACCAGCCUGCGGAACAGGGCACGAGCUUUGACAUUGUGAUGAGUCGCCUUGGCCCGCCAACCGAAGUCGUCCAAGUAUCAGGUUUCCGCGUUCCGAGCGCAGAACAAACCGCUUUUCGUUUCGCGUCUUCUCUCUUGAUCCUGGAUGACAUUGUUGCUAGUACCGAGCGCCAGGAGGAGCCGAAGCUCUACAGACAUCACAGAGAGCUCCUUGACCCAACUACAGCUGCGGGUUCGGCCAUCAAGGUUGAGCAUGUUGUCGGAUGCCAGAAUUGGGUCUUGCUACAGGUGGGCGAGACGGCAGCGCUGGUCGCAUGGAAGAAACGGUGCAGAGAAGAUGGUGACCUCGAUGUCAUGGAGCUAGUCCGUCGUGCCGCGGACAUCAAACACGCCCUCGAGAGUGGGCUCGCCUCUCUUGAACUGGCUCCAGUGGACCGUGGCCAUGAAAGAAACUCCAGUCUCGCAGACAUGUUCGCGGCAGACUGCUCACUGGACCCCAGUGCAACUGCCGCUUCUGAUUCCGUCCUUGCCACACGCAUAUGGGCGCAUGCAGCACUCAUCUAUCUAUCCAUCAUGGUCUCCGGCUGGCAACCCUCCAAUGCCACCAUCCGGUGCCACAUAGCUAGCAUCAUGCAGCUCACGAGUGACCAGAAAAUCUCGACUUCGCUAUUGAGGACGAUGGGGUGGCCGCUGUGUGUCGCAGGUUGCCUCGCCACGUGCGAGCAGGAGGCCUUCUGGCGGUAUCUGCUGGGGAACCUUCAGCCGGCCGGCGCUUUCGCGCCGCUGAAAAAGGCAUUGCAGUUGAUGGAAGAGGCAUGGGCUAGUAGAGACUUGCCGGGCAGUCCCACCGAUCGAGAUCUUGCUACUAUUUUCGCGUGUCGCGAGGAGCUUGUGUUACUUGUCUGA